AUUGUAGAUAAUUUUGUCGUUGAUUGUCAAUUAUCUGAACUCAAGAACUCUGUGAAAAUGUUGGUUGUGGAUAAUGCUGAUGGAAGACAUUUUGAUUCCACAAAUCACUGUCAAUCUCUCCACACAACACAUGCAGAAACGUUAGUAAUCCCAUCAUUAAUGCGGUCCAAGAAAUCAUUCAUCAUGUCGAUAGUGUUGAUUCUUUCGUUUAUGUUAGUCGAUGAUGCUUCAGCAUUGAGCAGGUCUAAUUUUUUUGAAUUUGAUUCGCAGUAUACAAAUACGUUAACUACUAGUACAACUGAAAAUAUCGGCGAUGACAAUAAUGUGUCGAUUCAUUCAUCAGAGGAUUUUAGAUUACCACGUACAUUGUUUCCACAUUUCUACGAUUUGUCAAUUCAAGUCCAUUUGCACGAUAACAAGUCGCAAGCAUUUUUCUUCAAUGGAUCUGUGACAAUAAAAGUUUUCUGUAAUGUGUCGACAACCGAGUUCUUCGUACAUGCAGCCGAUAAUCUGAAUGUGAGCUUGGAUCAAAUCCAUAUGUCGCUUCUUGAUGAAAAAAAUCAAACAAGUUCCUAUAUUCAAAUAGACGAAGUUCAUUAUAUUGAAGAUGCUGGGUGUUAUCGAAUUAAACUCAAAACGCCUUUGCAACCAUAUACUUAUUACAAUCUGACAUUUGGACAGUUUCGUUCUGAUAUGGACUAUGAUUCUGAUGGACUGUACAUCAGCAGAUAUUUGGAAAAUGGGAUUUACAAAUAUUUGGCAAGUACUUACAUGGAGUCAAUUUAUGCAAGGAAUGUAUUUCCAUGUUGGGAUGAGCCGGAAUUUAAAGCAAAUUUCAAGGUCAAUAUUGUACGCCACAAAAAUUUCCAUUCGCUUUCAAACAUGAAUUUGGAAAGUACGGAAGUUCUGUACGAUGAUUGGCGUGUCGACAGGUAUAACACCAGUGUGAAAAUGUCCACAUAUCUGUUGGCAUUUGUAGUUUCACAGUUUUCGAAUAUUCAGAGGACAGACAAUAGAGGACGAAACUUCACUGUUUGGGCAAGACCGGAUAAAAUUCGAUCAGCUGAAUAUGCACUUGAUAUUGGCAUAAAAUUAUUGGGAUACUUUGAAGAUUAUUUUGACAUUCCCUAUUCACUUCCUAAAAUGGAUAUGAUUGCGAUUCCUAACUCUUCAAUAACGGCAAUGGAAAACUGGGGUUUGAUAACUUAUGAUGAAAAUAAGAUGUUAUGGGACGCAGAAAACGGUUCAAUAAAUACUUUAAUUGAUGUGACGUUUUCUGUCUCACAUAAACUUGCUCAUCAGUGGUUAGGAAAUUUGGUGACAAUGAAAUGGUGGGAUAACUUGUGGCUGAACGAAGGAUUCGCAACAUUUUUCGAAUACAUCGGAGUACAGUUAUUGCAUCCUGAGUGGAAAGUAGAUGAACUAUUCAUACUGGAUGAAUUGAUGCUUGCACUUGAUAUUGAUACUAUGAUGUUAUCAAGACCAGUCAUUUAUCCGGCUAAUACUGCAAUACGAAUUAUAACCAUGUUUGAUUUAAUCACCUAUGAUAAGGGUGCCUCUUUGGUUUGGAUGAUGGAGAAAUUCAUGGGCCGUAGUGCGUUUCAAAACGGUUUAAAAAGAUAUUUAAUUCAAAACCAAUAUAAGAACACAGAUGAAAAGGAUUUAUGGAAGGCAUUAUCUGAAGAAUGGAAUACCCAAGUAAAUUAUUUGGACAUUGGAUUUAUUAUGGAUUCUUGGACUAAACAAAGUAAUUAUCCACUAGUGAUUGUAAAGAGAAAUGGGUCGAAUGUGUUCAGUUUUGAGCAGAUACGUUACUUUCAACCCUAUGGUAACAAGUCAUCUCAAACAAAUCGAGAAUACUCCUGGAGAAUACCAAUCACUUAUGGGUCAGAACAAACGGUGAACUGGACAAAUAUCGAUAUUGUGUGGAUGGUGAAAAACAAAAUGAAUCAAACAAUGAACAUAAGCCCAGACGACUGGUAUUUGGUGAAUGUAAACCAAGGCGGAUUUUAUCGUGUUCACUACGCUGACAAUAACUGGAUCUUAUUAAUCAAUCAAUUGCAAAGGAAUUUCACGGCUAUUCCAGUCUUUUCACGUGCACAAAUAUUGAAUGAUUUAUUCAGUCUUGCAAAUCAACAUAUCGUACCGUAUACUCUUUUCUUGGACGCGACAAAAUACCUAAUCCGCGAAGAUGAGUUUAUUGUAUGGAUAACAGCUAGUCGAGCGCUGCUUUACAUUAAUAACGUGCUUGCUCUGAAUGAGAAUUAUGAAGAUUUCCAAGCAUACUUGCGAACUCUUAUCGAUAACCGAAUUCGAUCAGCGAAUUGGUCAUUUGUUGGUAAAGGUCAAGAUCUUCCAAAGAUACGUUUAGACUAUAAUGUGAUCAAACUCGCUUGUAUAGCUGAACAUCAACUUUGUGUGAACAAAACUACGGAUUUCUUCAGACGAUGGAUGUCGAAACCCGAAACGAACCCGUUAGUCGUGCAGUUUAUGAUUUUUAUAUGAUAAGACAGACUAGCGUAUAAUAGACCUUUAUAUUAUGUUUAAUUUUAUUUGAACUAAUUUUUAAGAUGCAGCUUAAAAUAGAUUGUUUGGUCAGUUUUUUGUUGCUAUGGUCAAACACGAAAGUAUGAAUAGUUUGUCAAUGUUAUGGUUUCCCGAAUGCAAAGAACUUGUAAGUCAGUGGACGUAGUGGGAUAGCUGUAAAAUUGAUGCCUAUGGUAGACGGAUGGUGUGUGCUAACUGGAUUUGUCGAUCAGUCGACAAUAACUCUCUUGUAUUUGCGGAAAUUCUUCGAAUUAAGUGAUUCGACCUUUUUGCACCAUUCUGAACAACGCACUGCAGUUUAUGCAGUUUAGAAUGAGUCAUUUACUAACUCCAAAAUAUCCAAGUGAAUCGAGGCUGUCAAAUGUAUUCCGUGCUUCUCCUGAGAUAUGGCUGUUGUCACAUUUCAUUUGAAUGCAGGGAGAAAGAGCAAGAGAAUAAGUACUCAGCUUUCAGUUGCUAUUCAUCCAUUUGUUCUCUGCCAUGCAUGAAAUUGAAUUGUGAUCCGUAGUCUGGAUUCCGUUUGAUGCUGACAAUCCUUCCAGUUACAGUAUAAUUUGAAGAGGGUUUGUAUUGUUUCCUCUAUCUUCAAUGCCGAGCGCUUUUUCUUAAUCAAGAAAGUUGUUUCUUAAUGACGGAUUCAUUUUAACUAGUUGCUUUGGUUUGGGCUCACUAGCAGUAUCACAGCCCUCACACAUCAAGUGAGAUUUGUGUGGCGCAUAUGUAUUUGAUGCCUCCUUGUACCGAUAUCAAUGUGUUAAAAUAAAAUAAAUGAAUAAAUAACGUUUAUUGAUCUAAUGUAUCGCGAUUUCGUCUGUGCACAACCGAUCGUUAAGAAACGUAGCCGGUUUACCUCAAAGUUGAGAUAUUCCACCGAAUAUAAGUUAUGAUUUUUGUUGUUUCAUGGCCUUAACGAGAUCGGUUAUUCAGAGCAAAUAAUUGGACAGAUAUAAUUUGACAAGCGUUCAAAGAGUACGGAAUGAUAGGUGAAAUAUUUGAGCGCAGGUUCUGCUAUUCAUAUUAAGGUGCAAAACGUCCAAACCAUGUUUUCAUUUCACAGUACACCGUGAAACAAAUUAAAGCAUGCGAAUUUGAUCGUUCGGAAUAAUACAAAUUGAUUGUAUGAAUAAAAUUCACAUCCGGAAUUGGUAGGAGAUUUAAGUUAUUAUUAUGUCCGAGCUAUAUUGAUAAGCAUAUAUUACUAACUUACUAUGCUUAUAAAUGUAUCUGAAAGUGUAAUAUAUGAAUGAACGCAACACAAUAAUCGUGCAGAUUGAAAUCGAUUUGACGAUCUUAUACCAAGAAAGUUAAUGAACUCUGAAAACGAAAGUAAUGUUUUUGUUCGCGUUUGUUUUAUUUUACAGCAUACGACCUGAUUUGAGAGACAUUACUUAUUGUACAGCUAUUCGUCAUGGUGGUCAAGAAGAAUGGACAUUUUUAGAACGUCAGCUGAUAUUGAAUGAAACUGUGAAUGAGAUUGAGAAUGCAAACAAUAUGCUGGCUUUAACCUGUUCUCGUGAUAAAGAAAUUAUGAUAAGGUAACUUAUUCUGUUACGUUGAAUAUUUCACUGUCACAUCUGUUAAUGAAAACGGUAACCCGACUAGAUGUUUGGAAUCCCCAUCCCUAUCAGCUAAUGAAUAUGGUCACAGAAUCUAAAUGCGUUUGUUAUGAUCGAAGAUUUCUCAAAAUUUGCAUGAUAUUUUUGGAGAGUAUGUGUGACAAUGACUAUGAUUGAAUAAUUGGAAAGAUAUGUGUUUUUAUAUGAAUAUUUACCCAACUCACCCUCAAAUGUAAUAGAACAUGGGACAUGUUCUUAAUUUAUGGUUGAAAGUUCUUUAAACUAUAUCACUCACAUUUUUGGACCGAGUCUAUCAUGUACCAUCGAGUGAACACGACAAAUUUGAACCACUGAUUCAAACCUUAGUGGUUUACAUUGUUGACUUCAGUUAAUUCGCUUUCAUAUCAUAAUCGACUUAAAUUUAACUCCAUGUGGAUAUACUGAGAUCAGUAGAAUUUCACAUGUGGAUCAACAAUUACCUCAUGAUUAUCAUCAAGAUAUAGCACUCACAAAAUCUCUGAGUACACGAAUGUUUAAAGUCAACUAGUACCCAUCGAUUAAUACUGAACAAAUUUUUCUCAAUUCAACGAUAACGUUCACUGACAAACAAAACCGACAUCAAUGGGACUACCGAUAUCAAGACUUAUUACAAAGUGGUGAUGUAACAACUGAAAGCUUCAUAUUUAUCAGUAAUCACACUGAGAAUGUCGAUUCGUUAUUUGCGCGACACAUUCGUCAUCAUCGAGAACAUGGAGUUUAAAAUACGACAUCCUCGAAGGGAUAGAAUUCACAAUGAAAAGAGAAGGAAUCGUCGUCAAGACCAGUCAUUUUGGCUACAAAUCUCAUCGACCAUACCUUAGUCCUGGCCCUCAUAUCCUUUUAUUCUACAGAUGUAAAUGUUCAUAUGAUUAAAUUAGCACACCACACCUACUCAGCUAAUUAUUUCCUUCAUCUUUUCAUCAGGUACUUAGAGCGGGUAAGAGAGAACGAGAACUUGUGGUUCACGCUUGACUAUUUCGCGAAGUCUCCAGUUGGUAAUCAAAUUUUAUGGGACCACCUGAGUGAUGUAAAUAAUUUUAUUAAACAUAAGUGAGUUUAAAUUUCUAUUGACAGUGAGGAACUGAUGUCAUAUUAAUGUCAUGAGGUUGGUGGUGCUUGUUGACUUCAGACGUUCGCGAUUUGCUUGUGAAGUCGAAUGGUAUACAUUAUAUGUAGGGGAUUGAUUGAAUACGAAUACCUUGAAAUGUCAGUUUGCAAUAAAGGAGAUUUUGUAGACCUAUUUCAUUCAUGCUUUCGCAUAUGAGAAAUUCUAUCAAAUAUAUCAACAUUUUGAUGAACAUAGUAAUUUAUCUCAUACAAAUUUUCCAGCAAAUGUAAUUUUAAUCUGAUUAACAUAUCAAUAAACAGUUAGUACAAGGACUAUUAUAUUACCUUAAAUAACUCAUAUUUGUGCUAUUUAGGUUUUGGAUGUUUUAGUUCUCGAUUUUUAAGCUCAGUAGAAUGCAACUGUCUUGACGUUCGUAUUGAAGAUUCUGAAUUUGAUGUUGGUUUUAUCUGAUGACCACCCUGAUUUGUUCGAUGGUUGGUGGAGUGACAUCUGGGUCUGGCCUAAUUAAUAGUUACUCAAAUUGUUCUGCUCAUCUAAUUCUCUGUUCUUCAACCUCGGUGAAUUCUUGCCUUUUUGUGCCUGACUGGUCUCUCUGCCUUCGUACAUUUUCUUGCCACCAUCGUCGAGUCAUGUGCCUGUUUUUCGUUUCCUUUCAGGCAAAUUUAACUUGGUGUAUGCAUUUGUGUGAGAAUAUUGUGCCGCUAUAUCCAAUUUUUUGAAUGCACAUGGACGUGCAAAUCUCUCAUUAUUUGUGUUCAUUCAUCUUAGUCCAUGUCGUCUCACUAUAUCUUCGUAUCCUUUGUUAUGCACUCCGACUUUCGUGUUUAGAUCACUUGUCAGUAUGAUCAGGUCCUUUCCUGAGCACUUAGUCAUGAUCGAUUGCAGCCUCCUGUAGGACUGAUCUUUAUUAUCGUCGUUGCUUCAGUCGGUGUGUGCACAACACAGGAUAAAAUUGAUUGUACUUCUCACCUUCUUUGUUUCGAAUAAUGCUUUGAUUUGCUUGGUCUAUGAAAUUGCCUCCCCAUUGGUGUGCAUAUUUGGACAGCAUCAGAGCAGCUCCUUGAGUGUGCGGAGCAUUUUCCUCUUCAUUAGUUGAAUAUGAGUAUUGUCUUGUUAGCACUUCCAAGUACUCAGUCAUUUGUCUAUGGAUAUUCUUGAUGGAAAAUAACCACAUUAAUUUCGUAUUUCGCUCUCUACUUUUGUUUCACAGAGACUUCACGGAAUCCAUACUAACCGCACUAACUAAAUAUCCUUACUCAUCGUAUAUUGGAAGGAAUUAUGAAAAGGUUAGUGAAGAGCCUGUUUAUUUUCCGUCGCUUGACAAGUGUUACUUUGUUUCGUCCCAUAUUCUGCGAUUUAAUUUUCCGAAUGUGAUCAUUUAGACAAAUCUGAUCAUGUUCGGUAGCACAAACACCAUUGAUCGUAAACAGUUUCAAUGAAGUGAAACUGAAUAAAAUGAAAACAGUUGAAUUCAUCAACUACGCAUUUCUGCAAUUUACGGUUCUUGACAAUGUUCUUUUAUAAUAAACCAAACACUCAUUAUUUUGCUAUAUAACUGAUUGACGUCCACUAUUUUUCAUCUCAAAUUUAAACUGUCAAGUUUAUGAACUGGCUCCAUAUGAAUUGUACAUGAAAUGACAUUUUUCUCUUUACAGAUCCUCCUAACAGAAGCUAAUAAUCGAAUAGACCCAGAAUUUCGAGAAAAGCUCAAAUAUUUAUUCGAGAUAUCCAGUGAAAAACCGAAGUGGACUGAAGCAUAUUCUGCCAUUAUUCAGUGGUUGAAAGAAAAUGUCCCAAUUGUUACCCAUUCAUUAUAGAUCAGUACUGUUGGUGAAGAUCGACCGAUUGUUCAAGCAUAAACGAUACGAGAUAAUACUUUCGACUUCCGUCAUUGUUAGCAUUAGUAUCUUUUUAUUCUAUCAAGCCUUAGAACAUCUAUAUGUUACUCCAUAUUCACACCAGCACUUUGAAUGAUUGCUUGUAGUAACUCGUAGUAACGUUUACUGGAUAUUUGUAUUUAUUCAUACAACACUGACGUUACAAUAAUUUUGUUGUGUGUUUUGAUUCAAAAUAUUCAAUAUACAGAGUGUCAAAUAAAAUACGUUGAGUAUGAACAAAA